AAGGGUUGGUGGCUUCCUGUCGGGGGUGGGAACUGGUGAUUUCACUUAGAACAGAGAUGCUUCUUUAGGGACUGGAAAACUGGGUCAUGGGCCCAUCCUUCUGAGUCUUUUGCUCACAAGCAGCUUCCAUGCUGGAGUCACGGCUCAGGAGCCAAUACUUCCUCUGAGGUAAGCUUCUACUCAGAAACUCAGCCUACACCCCCACUUCCCGGAAGACAGGAGGCAGCCCUGCUUCUCUGCAAUUCUGCUGCCGCUACCCACCCCAGGCCUUCUAUGGCACUCCUCAAAGCCUGGUCCAAGUUGUCUUUGAACCUGCUGGUGUUUGCUGUCACAUUCUCAGGGGCUCCAGGGAUCACGUGGAUAGAACCCCCAGACCCAGUGACCACUCUUGGUGGAACACUGGUAGUGAAGUGCAUUACAGACUGUGACCAGCCACUGCUCAUCGGUUUGGAGACCCAACUUGACAAGCUACCAGAAAACAACGGGACGAGAUGGCGAGCAUUCCGACUAAAAAACAUAACCCAGGAUAGCCUGCUUCUCUGCUUUGCCAACUGUAAUGACAAAGGCCAGAUGCUCCACAGUACCAAUGUCACUGUGAUUCAGCCACCAGAACAUGUGAAGCUUGAGCUCCCGCCUCGAUGGAUUCUUGUGGGCCAGAACUUCACCCUUCGAUGCCAAGUCUGGGGUGGGAAACCCAGACAAAACCUGACACUGGCACUGCUUCGGGGAUCUCAAGAGCUGAGCAGGCAGACAGUCUCUGAGCAAGACCCCAGAAAGGUAGCUGAAGUCACAUUCACAGCCACAGCCAGAAUCGAGGACCACGGGGUCAAUUUCUCCUGCAGAGCAGAGCUGGACCUGCAACCACAAAGGCUAGGACUCUACCAGAAAAGUUCAGCCCCCAUGGAGCUCCACACCUUUGGCCUGGGUACUCCUCGCCUCACAAGCCCCAAGCUUCUGGAGGUCGGGAAGGAGGAAAAUGUAAGCUGUGAGAUUGAUGAGCUCUUCCCAGUGAAGAACGCCCAAAUCCAUCUGUCCCUGGGAGGGAGAAGCCUGAGUUCUUCAGUUACCCGGAGUCAGGACAUGCUCAGAGCCACAGCCAUAGCAGCCAUUGAAGAGGGAGACAGAGAGGGCCAGUGGGAGCUGACUUGCAUUGUGACCCUGGGGGAUCAGAACCGGGAAGUCCAGGAAAAUCUGACCAUCUACAGUUUUCCUCUGCCUACAUUGGUGAUCAGUGAGCCCAAUGUAUCUGAGGGGACUCUAGUGAAUGUGACCUGUGAAGCAAGGACGGGUGCCAAGGUGUAUAUCAAUGGGACCCUACAGUCUCCUGGUAAGAUUGCCCAGCUCUCCCUGAAAGCCACUGAGGAAUACGAUGGCUCCUGGAUUACCUGCCAAGCUGUCCUGGAAGUGUUGGGAGAGCAGUUAUGGAGGAACAAGAGCCUGAAGCUUCUAGUCCAGUAUGGCCCGCGCCUGGAAGAGGCCCACUGUCCCGGGAACUGGACCUGGCCGGAGGGGACCCUGCAGACCCUGCGGUGCGAAGCCCGUGGAAACCCCGCGCCCUCGGUGGCCUGCGUCCGGGAGAAGGACCGGAUGAGCCUGCCUCUCGGAGUCCCCUUGAAGGUCUCCAGGGCUCUCGGGGGCCCCUACCGCUGCACCGCCACGAGCCGCAGGGGCCGAGCGGCCAAAUACGUGACCGUGACCGUAGAGACAUCCCCGGGGGACUCGGUGCUCGUCAUCGUGGGGGCGCUGCUGGUCGCGGGCUUCGCGGUCACGGCGGGGACGAUCGCGGCCCUGUGCCUCCGGCAGAGUACUCGAAGAGACAGUUACGAGGUGCAGAUGCUGCCCCUGAGAGGUCGGCAAGCCGACUGAGCGGCCGCCGCCGACGGGUCUUAGCGGUCCAAACCCGGAAGCCCCCGCCUACAUCAAUAAACUCUACCAACAGA